ACGAAUUCCACCUGAGUGGAAAUGACGGUACCUGAGACCGACAGUACGCUAAGAACAACGAUACUUAUCUAUUCUAACUACGAGAACGUCUCAUUUUUUCACAUAUUCCCUUACGGUAUAUUUCCAGUUAACUAUAGUGAUCCCUAAUCUAAAGAAAAGACAUCAGGAUGAGGUCUACAAUAUUUCUCAUCCUCUCAAUUAUUCUCUUCGCAUCAGGAGCUCAAGCCAUCAAGGAUAUGAUGAGGAAAUCAAUUGUGUUCGACAAGAAUACUCCAGACGUGUUCUACUGCCCAAUCCAGAAACCUAGCGGUAUGGAUAAGCUAAUCGUCAAAGCUAGACCGUUGAAGAAGCUCUGUGAAUUUGAAGGUCAACCCCUUCCUGAAGACUACAAGAGCGAUUGCUACCAAGACGUAGACGAAUCUAAUUAUGCUUGCAAGGAGAAAUACAGAAUAAUGAUGAGGACUGCUCCUCCUGGUUCGGAAAAACCCUUUGAAGGAAAAAGACUGGCGAGGUUCCUAGACGUUGACAAGGAAUAUUACGUAGCUGCCAUGGAGGACAGAAAGAAGGAAAUGGCAGCCGAAAAGAAGAAGAGGAAAAUAAUCAAAGGAAAGAAAAGCACAUAAACCAGAAAGUUUCAAGCAAAAGGACUAAAAAUUAUGGCAUCGUUGCUAUACUAACGUCUAAUUACCAUUUUAUUUUUGGUUAUUGUUUUUAAUGUAAAUUUUAUUGAAGAUCUCUAAUUUUGUUAAUUACUCCAACAAGACUCAACUAGAUUUUAUGUAUCUACUUAAAAAUAAACUCUAUCUUUUC